GCCCUGCCUCCCAGCGGACCACUGGGACCGGUGCAGCGGAUUGAACGUCUGAGUGCAUGUGGGGCCGCUUAAAGAGGUGCGCCGACCAGACGGCACAGACUUUCUCCGUUGAAGAAUCAGCGAGAUGAAGAGCAGCAACAACCCGGCACCAUGCGCUCCAGGCUCCCACGGACCGCCUGCCUAUUGCGACUCGUUGCACUCUGCAUCCUCCUCUCGAACACUGCAGCUUAUUUUGGGCUGACAGGACGGGAACCCUUGGUGUUUUUACCUGGUCCGUUUUCCAAUGAGCCUCCGACGGGCAAGGCCCACCUGAAGCAGUGCGAGCAGAUGACUCUGACCCGGCGGCAGAAGAGGCUGUGUCGCAGGGAGCCGGGUCUGGCAGAGACGCUGCGGGAGUCGGUGCGCCUCAGCCUCCUGGAGUGUCGCUAUCAGUUCAGGAACGAGCGCUGGAACUGCAGCCUGGACGGCCGGGGAAGCCUCCUGAAAAGAGCAUUCAAGGAGACUGCCUUCCUUCUGGCAGUGUCCUCUGCGGCGCUGACUCAUGCACUCGCCAAAGCGUGCAGCUCAGGUCGAAUGGAGAGGUGCACAUGUGACGACUCCCCCGGCAUCCAGCAUCGAGAAGCGUGGCAGUGGGGGGUCUGCGGGGACAACCUGAAAUAUAGCACCAAAUUUCUAAAGAAGUUCCUCGGCCAUAAGAAGGUCAGCAAGGACCUGAGGGCUCAAAUCGACGCCCACAACAUCAACGUUGGAAUUCGGGCAGUGAAGAGCGGGCUGAAAACAACCUGCAAGUGUCACGGUGUCUCCGGCUCCUGUGCCGUACGGACUUGCUGGAAGCAGCUGUCUCCUUUCCACGACACUGGACGGCUGCUGAAGUACAGGUACGACACGGCAGUGCGAGUGCUGAGUGUCACCAACGAAGCCACCGGGGAGACGGAGCUGGCGGGGCCCCGGCGCCACGGCCAGAGCCUCCGCACCACUGACCUGGUCUUCCUGGAGGACUCCCCUAGCUUCUGCAGGCCCUCGCGGUACUCCCCGGGUACGGGGGGCCGGUCCUGCGCCAAAGACACCAGCUGUCAGAGCCUGUGCUGCGGACGGGGGUACAACACAGCCAUGCGCCUCACCAGCCUCUCCUGCCACUGCCAGGUCCGCUGGUGCUGCCACGUGGAGUGUCAGACGUGUGUGAGGGAGGAGGAGGUGUACACCUGCAAGACCGCAUAGAAGAAAGUAGAAUGAUCCUUUGGGAACAGAAACGUGAGAGACAUUUUGACGUGGAUGAACUAUAAGCUCCAAUCUCACACAGAGCAUGUCUAUGCAAAUCUCCAUUCAGACCUGCAUGUUAUUUGGGGAGGAAUAUACACUUGUAAUAUUAUAAUAUUGCUGUUUUUUUUGCUAAUCGUCACCGAAUUGAUACGCAGCAGCUUUCCUGUAAGUUAGGAUGUUUGUAAACUCUGCUUUGGAUGCACUGAAAUCCCAUUUCUUAUGGGACUGAGCUCUUAAAACAGGUACUUGGACUGGAUGUCACCAGCAGUACGUCGUCUCUAACAGUGAUUUUACGUAUUGUUAUUGCAUCGGCCCCUUCCACUUGACUAUUUAUUGUAUCAGUCACUGUUGUACUGCUGCUUUAUACCUUAACCUUCUUAUAAUUGCCACUAAGGCUAACAUGGCCUUAAAGGGAAUCCACCUGUCUGUCUUUCUGCCUGCUGUGGAGACAUUUUUAGGAGUUCAUCUUUGAUUUAAAAAAAAAAAAAGCACUUAGAUUGCUCUUGUUAUGUAUGAUACAAA